AUGCUGACCAAGUGGUCUUUGUCGGGUGCGAAGGGAGCGUCAUUGUCUUCGGUUGUGGCUCGGCGCGCUUUGUCGUGUGCCGUCGAGGUGCCCGGUCAGUCUGUGACGUCGUCUCUUGAAGCGGCGGCAUCGUGUCCGUUAAACGCGCCAGGCGUGAAGGAGGCGGUGAAGGAGGCGGUGGAAGCAUCUUCUGGUGAGGAAGCGUUUUUGAAGUCGAAUAAGUGGAACGAGGCGGAGAUGCCGGUGUACAUGGACUACCAGGCGACUACUCCGGUGGACCCGCGGGUGGUGGAGGCAAUGCUGCCGUGUUUGCGGGAGCGGUACGGGAACGCGCACUCACGGACGCACGCGUUCGGAUGGCAGGCGGAAGGAAUGGCGGAAGAUGCGAGGAAGCAGGUGGCUGAGUUGGUGGGUGCGCAGCCUCGCGAAAUUAUCUUUACGUCUGGCGCAACAGAGUCGAAUAAUCUGGCGCUGAAGGGUAUUGCCGAAUUUUAUGGGCCGCAGACAGGCAAGAAGCAUUUGAUAACAGUGCAGACGGAGCACAAGUGUGUGCUAGCCACUGCGCAAUAUCUGCAGAAUGUGCGUGGCUGGGACGUCACCUAUCUUCCCGUGCUCAAAAAUGGUCUGGUUGAUUUGAAGGAAUUGGAGGCGGCAAUUCGACCGGAUACGGCCUUGAUUAGCGUGAUGAUAGUUAAUAAUGAGAUUGGCGUGAUCCAGCCCAUCAAAAAGAUUGCACAAAUCGCUCGCAAGCAUGGCGUAUUUGUACACACGGACGCAGCACAGGCCGUGGGAAAGAUACCAAUUGAUGUGAACGAACUUGACGUCGAUCUCAUGUCCAUUUCCGGACACAAGAUGUAUGGACCAAAAGGUAUCGGGGCCCUGUAUGUACGAGCCAAGCCACGACGCAUCCGUCUUACACCCCAGAUUCAUGGCGGUGGUCAGGAACGUGGGAUACGUAGUGGCACUCUUCCCGUCCCGUUGGUCGUGGGCAUGGGAGCCGCCGCGCGUAUACUGAAGGAAGAAAUGCCCCAAGACCUCGCACGCAUUACGGAGCUGUCCCGCCGCUUCCAGGAACGCAUCACCAGCCGACUGGAUGGUGUCACUCUCAACGGAGAUACCAAUGCACGCUACCCCGGCAACUGCAACUUGUCAUUUGAUUGUGUCGAAGGUGAAAGCCUCAUCAUGGCCAUGAAAGAUGUAGCUGUCUCCAGCGGAUCUGCCUGCACAUCAGCCUCCCUCGAACCGUCCUACGUCCUUCGCGCCAUCGGCGUAGACGAAGAACUUGCACAUACCAGUCUCCGAUUCGGUAUCGGAAAAAACACCACUCAGGAAGAUGUUGACCGCGUCGCAGACCGUGUCGUCGAAGCUGUCGAGAAACUUCGCUCCCUAUCGCCCCUUUGGGAAAUGAAACAGACCGGUGAAACGGAAGGCAUGGUCUGGACUUAA